CAUGCGCUUCAUUCAACCUCUCCAACCUCCUCCUGUCCUCCCCUAAACAGGUCUGUUUGGCAGGUUUCUUUCGUUGGCUUCAAUACCUUUGGUUGAUUUCGUUAAAACAUGCGGCAGUGAUGGAGAAUCGUUCAAUAUCGAAAAAAAGGAAGUUCGUGGGCGAUGGUGUCUUCAGAGCCGAGCUGAAUGAGUUUCUGACUCGUGAACUUGCUGAGGAUGGCUAUUCGGGUGUGGAAGUCCGUGUGACCCCGAAUCGAACAGAGAUCAUCUUGCUGGCCACUCACACGCAGAGCGUACUUGGUGAGAAAGGACGCAGGAUCAGAGAACUCACGUCCGUAGUGCAGAAACGUUUCAACUUCAAGGAGCCGCAAAAUGUCGAGUUGUAUGCCGAGAAAGUGGCCACUCGUGGUUUGUGCGCCAUUGCACAAGCAGAGUCCCUUCGCUACAAGUUGAUUGGAGGUCUCGCUGUACGAAGAGCCUGUUAUGGUGUUCUCCGUUUCAUCAUGGAAUCUGGCGCAAAGGGUUGCGAGGUCGUAGUCAGUGGUAAAUUACGUGGUCAGAGAGCAAAAUCGAUGAAGUUUGUCGACGGCCUCAUGAUUCACUCGGGUGAGCCGACUAACGAGUAUGUGAACACUGCUACCCGGCAUGUACUCCUGCGGCAAGGUGUAUUGGGAAUCAAAGUCAAAAUUAUGCUUCCGUGGGAUCCCAAUGGUAAGAGUGGCCCAAAGAAACCUCUUCCCGACUACGUAUCAAUUGUGGAGCCAAAAGAAGAGGUGCCACCAACGGUUCCAAUUUCAGAGGUGAAGUCAUCAAAAGAUAUACCUCAACCUACUCCUCUCACUGUAUAACAAUUAAUUUAAAUGCAUCUUUAGGUGCAUUUAAAAAAAAUAUAUAUAUAAUAAGUAAAA